AUGGAUUGUCCAGAGUCGGUUGCGAGUAACGUGUAUGAAACUCCCAAUGGGACUAGGUAUUGGACACCAAUUGCCCCCCCCCCCCGAUUCAAACCGUUUGUGAAAGCUAGAUUUAGUACGGUUGAACAAGCAAUCACAAUUUAUGAGGAGUACGCACAGCUAGCAGGAUUUGGAACCCGUUUGGGUACUUCAAAAAAAGAAAAAAUAGGCGACGGGAUAAUUACGAUUCGGCGAUACGUUUUAUGCUCUAGAGCGAAAGCAAACAAACCUAAACAUAAAGAUAGUAACCCUGAUGUUGUUGACUCAACUUCACCAUCACGCCGUUCCAACGUCAAAGUUACAGAUUGUAAGGCAUGUGUCAAGUUUGUUCGUAUAAAAAAUCCAUCGGAGUAUGAAAUAUAUGACUUUGUUGAACAACACAAUCAUGGGUUUACCUCACCCGAGAAUCUUGAUUUAUCACUAAAGCGAAGAAAGCUCGACUUAUCUACUCAAGAGUUCAUAGCAAAGUGCCGCAAUGAUAAUAUAGGCCCUACCAAAUCCCACAAGGUACACGUUGCAAUGAAAGGUGGCCACCAUAAUGUUCACGGGACGGUUGUGGACUAUAAAAAUUGCGGGCGCGACAUUCGAGAUUUUAUUGGUGAUAGAGACGCGCAAAUGAUAAUUGACAAAUUCAAAGCACACAGCGAAAACAAAGUAAAUUACACAUUUGAUACCCAUAUUGAUGAUACGGAACUUCAGCUAAUAUUUUGGUACGAUAUGAUUUUUGUCCCUUUCACUGGGGUUGACCAUCAUAAAAAGUGCACGAUAUUUGGAGCUGGGUUGCUACAUAAUGAGAUAACUGAUUCAUACACAUGGCUUCUACAAAAGUUUCUUGACGCACACAACGGAAAACAACCACUUUUGGUAUUAACUGAUCAAGAUUGUGCUAUGAAACAAGCUGUCGCCAAUGUAUUUGAUAAGUCCAUUCAUAGACUAUGUAUGUGGCACAUUAUUCAAAAGUUGCCAGCAAAGAUCAAGGGUAGUGACCAGAGCAACGCAGAAAUCAAACAAAAAUCCACAAACUUGUAUGGAACGUUUACAUCAAACCAGAAACAUUUGAGAAGAGGUGGCAUUUACUUAUUGCUGAGUACGGUUUAG